GCAGGGGUGCAGCGCCGAGGGCAGAGAAGGGGCCGAGGCUGCCGGCGGGAGGGACUGGGUCCCAGUGGGAGCGGAGCCGAAGCGGAAGCCGCAGCCGGGGCGGCGGGAGCGGCGGGAGCGGCAGGAGCAGGGCGGGCGGGGCUCCAUGGCGCCAAAGGCGUCCGCCUGAGCAGCGCGGGCAGCAGUGGCGGCGGCGGCGGAUCGGGCCGCGACUCCUCCCGGCCAUGGGCGACGUGCUGUCCACGCACCUGGACGACGCCCGGCGCCAGCACAUCGCAGAAAAAACCGGGAAGAUCCUGACGGAGUUCCUCCAGUUCUAUGAAGACCAGUAUGGCGUGGCUCUCUUCAACAGCAUGCGCCACGAGAUUGAGGGCACGGGGCUGCCGCAGGCCCAGCUGCUCUGGCGCAAGGUGAGAGGUGCUGGGAGGGCUCAGGUGCCACUGGACGAGCGCAUCAUUUUCUCGGGGAACCUCUUCCAGUACCAGGAGGACAGCAAGAAGUGGAGGAACCGCUUCAGCCUCGUGCCCCACAACUACGGGCUGGUGCUCUAUGAUAACAAAGUGGCCUAUGAGCGGCAAGUCCCACCACGAGCUGUCAUCAACAGUGCAGGCUACAAAAUCCUCACUUCCGUGGACCAAUACCUGGAGCUUGUUGGCAACUCCUUACCAGGGACCACAGCAAAGUCAGGCAGUGCACCCAUCCUCAAGUGCCCCACACAGUUCCCACUCAUCCUCUGGCAUCCUCACGCGCGUCACUACUACUUCUGCAUGAUGACAGAAGCUGAGCAGGACAAGUGGCAGGCUGUGCUGCAGGACUGCAUCCGGCACUGCAACAAUGGAAUCCCUGAGGACUCCAAGGUGGAGGGCCCCGCUUUCACAGACGCCAUCCGCAUGUACCGCCAGUCCAAGGAGCUGUAUGGCACCUGGGAGAUGCUGUGCGGGAACGAGGUGCAGAUCCUGAGCAACCUGGUGAUGGAGGAGCUGGGCCCUGAGCUGAAGGCAGAGCUCGCCCCGCGGCUGAAGGGGAAACCACAGGAGCGGCAGCGGCAGUGGAUCCAGAUCUCGGACGCCGUGUACCGCAUGGUGUACGAACAGGCUAAGGCACGCUUCGAGGAGGUGCUAGCCAAGGUGCAGCAGGCGCGGCCGGCCAUGAAGGCCGUCAUCCGCACAGACAUGGACCAAAUCAUCACCUCCAAGGAGCACCUUGCCAGCAAGAUCCGAGCCUUCAUCCUCCCCAAGGCGGAGGUAUGCGUCCGGAACCACGUCCAGCCCUACAUCCCGUCCAUCUUGGAGGCCCUGAUGGUGCCCACCAGCCAGGGCUUCACUGAAGUGCGCGACGUCUUCUUCAAGGAGGUCACGGACAUGAACCUGAACGUCAUCAACGAGGGUGGCAUUGACAAGCUGGGCGAGUACAUGGAGAAGCUGUCCCGGCUGGCAUUCCACCCCCUGAAGAUGCACAGCUGCUAUGAGAAGAUGGAGUUGCUGCGGCUGGACGGGCUGCAGCAGCGGUUUGAUGUGUCCAGCACGUCGGUGUUCAAGCAGCGAGCCCAGAUCCACAUGCGGGAGCAAAUGGACAAUGCUGUGUAUACUUUCGAGACCCUCCUGCACCAGGAGCUGGGGAAGGGGCCCACCAAGGAGGAGCUGUGCAAGUCCAUCCAGCGGGUCCUGGAGCGGGUGCUGAAGAAAUAUGACUAUGACAGCAGCACCGUGCGGAAGAGGUUCUUCCGGGAGGCGCUGCUGCAGGUCAGCAUCCCGUUCCUGCUCAAGAAGCUGGCCCCGACCUGCAAGUCGGAGCUGCCCCGGUUCCAGGAGCUGAUCUUCGAGGACUUUGCCAGGUUCAUUCUGGUGGAGAACACGUACGAGGAGGUGGUGCUGCAGACUGUCAUGAAGGACAUCCUGCAGGCUGUGAAGGAGGCUGCGGUGCAGAGGAAGCACAACCUGUACCGGGACAGCAUCGUCAUGCACAACAGCGACCCCAACCUGCACCUGCUGGCCGAGGGUGCCCCCAUCGACUGGAGUGAGGAGUACAGCAGCAGCCGUGGGGGCGGAAGUCCCAGCCCCAGCCCCCCAGAGGCAGCCACCCUCUCGGAAAAGCGACGGCGCGCCAAGCAGGUGGUCUCCGUGGUCCAGGAUGAGGAGGCAGGGAUGCCCUUCGAGGCUGGCCCUGAGUCACCAUCACCCACAUCCCCGGACAGUGUCACUGAGAUCCGAGGCCUGCUGGCCCAAGGUCUGCGGGCUGAGAGUCCCCCGCCGGCCAGCCUUCUGCCGAACGGGGCCCCUGCCAGGGAGAGUCCCCAGCCCGAGGCCACCCCCGAGGCCUCCUCACCGCCUGACUCACCCCUCCAGCAUGUCUUGCCUGGAAAGGCUGUGGACUUUGGGCCCCCCAAGCCCAGUGACCAGGAGACAGGAGAGCAGGUAUCCAGCCCCAGCAGCCACCCUGCCCUCCACACCACCACCGAGGACAGUGCAGGGCUGCAGACUGAGUUCUAGGCCCGUGGGUCCUAGCCUGCUGCACACAGCACAGGCUGCUCCCUUCAGGGCCCAGGCAGGUUUGGCUCUGGGGAGGUCACCCUGGUCUGCCUUGUGGGUGGAGGCGGGACAGGGCAAUGUGGCACCCCCAGGGGUUGGGAGGAGUGGACCUGCCUGAGUCACUUUAUUGGGUUCAGCCACACUUUAUUGCUCCCUGUUUUCUAUGGGAUGAUCUCAAACGCAGGGGCUGGUUUUGGGGUUUUCCUGCUUGUGCCGAGGGCUGGACAAUGCUGGGGGGCUGGAAAGCCCCUCCUUUUCUGUCCUUCUGUGGCCUCUCUCCCCUCAUGGGUGCUGCUAACCUUCCUGGAGAGAGGGAGGUGGAAGCUGGUGUGAAAAGCCAGUGGGUUCCUGCCCACUCACCCAGGGGCUGGCUGGGCUAGGAUGGGGAGCGGGGAGUGCUGUGGCCCCUGGCCCUGCUCCUUCCAAAGUUAGGGGUGGACCCAGCCUCACUUUCCCCACCAUUCUGGAGGGAAGGGGAAGGAGGGGGGUCUUCAGGCUGGGGGUGCUGGGGGGAGGGAUGGGAUUUAGGGGGUGCCUUGCAGGAUGGGUGGAAUGAGAAAGGCCCAGAACGUGCAGGUGUGAGGAGGGGAAGUGUCCUGAGGGAAGGAGGGGUCCCCAGGGAUGCUAGGAGUGAGUGAAUGAGGCUGAGAUGGCUGUGAGUGUUGGGGGGAGCCUCAGGCUUUGUGGGCCUGUGCACCCCCUCCUCCGGCCCCAGCCUGCCUCACAGGUGUCCCCAAAAUCUAGGCCUCCCUUUGGAUGUCCUUGUCACUCUGGGUCUGGCUGUUGUCCCUGCUCAGCUUCUUGUUCCUGGGACAAGGGUCAAGCCAGGAUGGCCCUGGCCUGGCAACCCCCACCCCAGAGCCCCUCAGAUCUCCUCCCCUGCUUCUUUACAGGGGGGCAGGGAAGAAAUGGGCUCCUUCAGGGUCCUGAAGUGGGGUCUCCUCCCAGCCCUGCAUCCUCCGUGCCCUAGACCUGCUCCCCAGAGGAGGGGUCUUGACCCACAGUGGUGCCUGGCACUCAGGGACCCCCCCAGCUCCCCCAGCCCUGGUCUCCAGCGCAUCUCUCCCCUCUCAUACUGAAGAUCUGUGCCUCUAGUGCCUUUUGGGGGGUUCCCAUCAUCCUCCCGAUAUUGUAUUGAAAAUAUGCACACUGUUCAUGCUUCUACUAAUCAAUAAACGCUUUAUUUAAAGCCA